AUGAUGUCCCGCAAAGCAAAACGGAAGCUUGAAGAUACCGACGCGUCAAGUGACCGAAAAAGAGCCAGAACAUUACGUGAUACGCCUGUGAAACGCGACCUCUUGAAUCGUUGCUACGACAAAGUCACUACGUUAAGAGAAUAUAUCCUCCUUAAUCUGCCGCCGCGCUCUCGUCUUCGAAGAAAGAAGAUAGCGUCUGUUGGUGCGGGGGAAGAUGUCGGAGAACUUGAAAGAAGUUUGUCGCGACUCCUCGAUACGUCACUUGUUUGUUUCGCCGACCAGCAGAAUGUCGAGGAUGAUCACACGCGAAAGAUGCAAUAUAUUGAAUUUACACAAAAGGGGGAUGAAUCCCAUGUUAGUUUAUCAGAUGGCAUCGCGGGAUCUGCGUUUUGCCAAGAUGAUAUUGUGGAUUUCGUCUUGUGGCUACUCUUCCGUCGAGAAUCGAACGUUGGAGGACGGCCUAAACACAUCCUAUGCGACGGCUUCAAAAGAUCAGGCGGCCCAAAAAAUCAAGGGACGACCAAUAUCCCGGGUCUAUUCAGCCACUACCCUAAUUCCCAUGUAAAAGCACUCAAAGAAAGUCCCUGGCCACAGCUGCUAGCUCUACUCGGCAAAGCUGGCGAAGAGAUCAUGGUCAAACUCCUUGCCGAUGCAUCAAUCUAUAUAGCCGUUGAAGCUGGCUUCAAUAAUUACCACCAACUGUCAGGCGUGCCUCUUGCAGAGCUUGAUCUCCCUGGCGGCAACGUAUCACUGAAUAAGGGGUUGGCUUGUGUAGUGCGUAAACCAACAGACAUUACUUUGGUGAGAAGUAGAAUAUUCUAUGCUAAGCCGUCUCUCUCGACGAACGGGCUUGUCCAAGCCGGCUACAAACACAUUCACGUAUUGAAUAGGCAUCGCAGACCCUCUGACUCCGCCAACUUGGAUGUUGAACAUCAAGGUGUAAUCAAUGUCAUGAUGUACAUGUUUCCUCGUCAAUUCGGACUGCACAACGUCUUUACCUCCCAGGUUGACCCCACCAAAACUUCUCAAAAGUUCCAGGACUAUACGUCAAGAGAAGAUGAGAUUGCUGCCGCCUUCAAGACUAAACCAGGAGAUAUUACUCCAAGAAAGCCGAAAACGCCCAAGCGGCUCCGCGGUGACGCCGAGCAACUCGUGAAGCGUUUACAAAUCCUUCAUAGCCGAUGCUCUUAUACGGAGUUACUGAGGCAUUACUGCCCUUGCGUCUUUGACAGAUUCUCGCGGAGUCGAAAGCCAAGGCUCAAGAAGAUCCUCAUAUCAUCUCGGAAGCUGAAGCCUUUGCAGGACGCACCCCCGAGGUCGAAACAAAAAUGCGCUUCAUCCCAGAUGUAUCCGGAAGCAGGAACUUUCGACACACAGACGCAAUCACUUCCGAAGCACGACUCUCUAGAAGAACUGGCCACACCACCAUCUCAAGUUUCUUCGUUCUGUCAAGCAGCCCUGUCCAAGAUCAUCCCAGAUAGCUUCUGGGGAAACGGAGAUGCUGGGAAACACAACAAAUCAACUGUGAUGCGAAGCGUUCAUCACUUCAUCAGGCUCAGGCGCUUUGAGACUAUGUCGCUACAUGAAAUAACGCAGGACCUCAAGAUUACAGAGAUUUCUUGGCUCCAACCUCAUAAUUAUGGUGCCCAGAAACCCAGCAGAACGGACACCGAGAAGCGUCUUGAGAUUUUCCACGAAUUUCUUUAUUUUGUUUUUGACUCACUUUUGAUACCCCUGAUUCGCAACAACUUUUAUGUCACUGAAUCCAAUACCCAUCGUUAUCGAGUUUUCUACUUCCGCCAUGAAGUAUGGAGACGAAUUGCAGAGCCUGCCAUGGCAGAUCUCAAAGCAGACAUGUUUGAGGAGCUUAAGAUGAAUGAGGCGCUCCAGAUACUGGAAAAACGGGAGCUGAGCACCAGUCAGAUUCGACUAUUACCCAAGGGUAACAAGUUGCGCCCCAUCAUGAACCUGCGACGAAGAUCUAUGGCUCGGGGACCAUCCAAGAAACUUGGUCGCAGCAUCAACAAAGUUCUGGGACCUAUCCACUCGCUCUUAAAAUUAGAAACGAGAAUUAAUCCAUCAAAACUGGGAUCUACAAUGUUCUCAGUAAGCGACAUUUACAACCGACUCAAGGCCUUUAAAGAAACUCUAAGUCCCGGUCAUGGCAAGCUGUACUUUGCCAAGGCUGAUGUCAAGGCUGCUUUUGAUACUAUUCCACAGGAAGCAGUCAUCGAGCUUAUGAAAUCCGUGCCUAGCCAAACCAAGUACACCAUCAUGAGGCAUGUGGAGGUCAAGCCAGGCGAACGAGCGGUGAUAGACGACGAUAAAUAUUCCUCCAAAGCCGUCCGGCGAUGGUACGCUUCCGCUUUGAGUGAGAAUGAGAACCCAGCUUUCACAGUGCGUCUUGAGGGGGACCUGGCACCGAAGAAGAAAAACACUGUCUUUGUAGACAGUGCGUUCCGCAAGACCGAGAAUACUGGAGAGCUCAUGAGUCUCUUGAAGGAGCACGUUAAACAAAAUCUUGUCAAGGUGGGGAAGAAGUACUACAGGCAGAAAGUCGGCAUUCCUCAAGGCUCAGUCCUAUCCUCGUUCCUAUGCAACUACUUUUAUGCCGAUCUUGAAUCAAAGCAUUUGGGGUUUCUGGAUUCACCAGAUUGUCUUCUGUUGCGUCUCAUUGACGAUUUUCUCCUCAUCACUUUAGAUCAAAACAAGGCUGUCAGAUUUGUGAACGCCAUGCAUGGUGGGUUUCCCGAAUACGGAGUUACGGUCAACCCGGCCAAGACCAUGGUCAACUUCGACAUGCUAUAUGAUGGCGAACCUGUUCGAAAGUACAACCAUGAAAAGGGCUUUCCUUACUGUGGGACGGCGAUUAACUGUCAGACACUGGAUAUAACCAAGGAUAGAGAAAGAGACGCAAACAUCGAUGUAUCGACCUCCCUUACGGUUGACUUUGGCCGCACCCCGGGCCAGAAUUUCCAGCGAAAAGUUCUGAACGCAUUCAAGAUCCAAUCACAUUUGAUGUUCUACGACACGUCUCACAAUUCAACCCGGACCGUUCUAUCAUCACUCCAGGGUGCUUUCGUCGAGACUGCCAGCAAGAUGUGGGCGUAUAUCCGCUGCCUCAGAAAAAACCAGCAUCCCAGUAGUGAAAUGAUACUUCGAACCAUUGCCACGUUGAUAGACGUGGCUUAUAAAUUGCUAACGAGCAAAUCCCGAAUGAUGAAAUACCCCCAGUAUACUUGUAGUAUACGACAGUCGCAAGUUGCUCUCAUUGCCUGCCUGGCUUUUGAGAAGGUGCUUGCGACCAAACAAAGCAAUUAUCAGGCAGUAAUCAAGUGGCUUCGCAGAAAAGUAGACAAACUUGCUUCUGGGAGAAACCAUGAACCCAUGCAUACGCCCAGAAAUGGACAAAUAUCGGGUUAG